UAUUCACUGCUGCAGACAGUCGUCGAAGCAUGUCAGAAGAAGAGACGAUGCAGAUUUCUGUCUUCACCGAAAACAUUUGGAGGUGAUCCAUGUCCAGGUCAUCGGAAGUUUAUUGAAGUAGCAUACAAAUGCAGACCUGGUGAAUUUCGUAGUAAAGUAGCUUGUGAAAACGAUUUGAUGACAUUCGAGUGCAAUCCUUACUCAAGGAUUGCUAUUAAUGCAGCCAGCUUCGGUCGAACAGAAUUUCAAAGUCUCCAAUGCCCACAACAACCCGGAAUUAAAGAAGAAAAUUGCCUAGCAAGCUACGCUACUGAAACUGUCAUGCAAUAUUGUCAUGGACGAAGACGAUGCAGUCUCACAGCAGACCAAAAAACAUUCGGAAAGCCAUGCCAACCAGAAUCCAGGAUGUAUUUGAAAGUUGUUUACACUUGUGUACCACGUAAAGUGUUGAUUGAUCGAUUUGAAUCGACCCCUGAGCCCGAUGAGCCUCUACAAAUAGACGAUGUUGAGCCGGAACAAGAAGAACUUUACGACGAAGACCAAUUUUAUAAAGAAUCAGAUAUAUCACCGGGACCAGCACCGAAACUUCAAGGUGACAUUGUCAAAAAGCCUCAAAGGUUUGAUGAUUCGUCAUUAGCUGUAACAUCGAGUAUUAGUCCACCACAGCACACAAGAGACGAAUCUUUUCUUGAAGUAUCGCGUCAUUAUGCAGGCAAUCGCAAUAAAAAAAUUGCUGGACCUGGAAAAGCAAUAAGUUCCAAGUGUGCAAAUAACAAAAUUAAUCAGCAUCCAAAGUCACGUCAUAAAGUUGUAACUCACAACAAUUCUUCGAGCAGAAAUGAUAAUUUGAUGAUUGAUGAUUGUGGUGAUGUCGACGACCACAUUGAAGCUCGUAUUGGUUUUAUUCAAGAAUGGAUUAACACUUAUGCUUUCUUAUCACAAAACCAGGAGCGAGUUUAUUUAGUGCUGAUCAUUUCGGUAACGUCAGGCGUCGUACUUUGUUUGUUGAUUGUCGUUGUGAGGUUCAUUUUUACAAGACGGAAAUCAAAUGAUGGGAAUACAGAACAAGGAAAGUCCGGAGGGCAAUUCAAGACGUCGAAUACAGGAGAAACGACUAUCACAAAUGGCUUUUCUGCCGAUGACAUCUCUGAAAUUGAUGCCGAUAUUGAUCUAACGACACCACUGCCAAUGUCAAAUAACGCCAAUAUAACAAGAAACGAUACUUUUAAUUCAUAUACGCCGUCUCCAAGUCCGUAUGGCAACCUCGGUCCAUCAAACAUCUCACAUACAUCCUCAACCCUUCUCAUGCCACAAUCAUCAUUAAGCAGCUCAGGCACCGGUCCGCCAUCAUUAAUGAGUGGCUCGAUAAAUCCGACAAUGAUAAUGCCAUCAUCAAUUGCGGCGACAGGAUUUGUUAAUAUGUCGAGUCUUGGUGGAACGAUGCCGCGUCAUCAUCCUGUAGUUAGCAUGAGUGGUUUGAGUUUAAUUCCUCAGCCAUCUUUCAUAGGUGGACCAUCGAUGAUGGGACAUCCAACACUUCGAAGACAAUCUUCUCACGACAUGGAUCAAAACAUGCCAAGAAUUUUAAGCCGAAAUGCUGGAAAUGUUCAAUAUUUUUAUGGAUGA